GUACGAGGAGGAAAUCAACCGGCGCACGACGGUGGAGAACGAGUUCGUGGCGCUCAAAAAGGAUGCAGACUGCAUCUUCCUCAACAAGGAGGAGCUGGAGGUGAAGGUGGAUCUGUUGAGAAGGCAGUUGGAGCUGUUGAAAUGUGUGUUUGAGGAGGAACGAGCUCAGGUGGAUCGGCAGCUCUGCGACACCUCGGUCAUCGUCAAGAUGGACAACAACCGGGACCUGGACAUGGAGAGCAUCAUCAAGAACGUGGAGUGCUGGUACCAGGAGAUCGCCCAGAAGAGCAAAGAAGAAGUCGACGCUUUCUACCAAACCAGGUUUCAGGAGCUCCAGGACAAGAGGGGGAAAUACUGUGACGACCUGCAGAGCAACAAGUGUGAGAUCUCAGAGCUGACCAGGAUGAUACAGAAGCUGCAGUGUGAGCUGGAGAGUGUCAAGAAGCAGGUCUCCUGCCUGCAAACCUCCAUCUGUGACGUGGAGCAGCGCGGGGACUGCGCCCUCAAGGACGCGCGCGAGAAGCACAUCGAGCUGCAGAACGCGCUGCAGAAGGCCAAGGACGAGCUGGCCUGCAUGCUCAGGGACUACCAGGAGCUGCUCAACGUCAAGCUGGCCCUGGACAUCGAGAUUGCCACCUACAAGACCCUCCUGGAGGGUGAGGAGAGCAGGAUCUGUGUGGGGAACCCCGUGAGUGUGUCGUUGGUCAGCACAGCGGUGUACUUCUAUUCCCUCACGGACGCAACUGCGGGCUGCUGGAGGCUCAAUCGGGGCGGGCGGGUUCGGCUCGCUGGCCGGGCCGGGUCGCCACAGCCGCCCGGCGCGGCGCGCUAUCAGCUCCCGCAGCGCCCCGCGUUCAUCGCACCCCAAGCUCUGCCUGUCCUCAGCUCGGUGCCAAAGGCCCUGGCCAGGUUGCCGCCGGAGUGUUACUGCCCCCCAGGCGGGGUGGGGUGGCAAGGCGGGGGGGGUUCACGCUCCCGGAGCGGGGGGUACACGGCCGCCCCGGGCUGGCGCCGCGGGUGGGGGCUGCAGGCCGUAGGCGGGUGGGUCGACUUGCGGCAACCAGGGCUCGUCAUCACCGGCAGCUGGCCGGGUGCCCCCGGUGCCGCGGAGGUGGGGGGGCUGGCGUGGGCCUCCCCCCGCCGGGGGCUGGAGCGCGGCCGUUCCUACACCAGGGAUGAGAGCGGGAAGAGGCGGGAUUAG